AGUGUGACACAAUCAACUGUGGAGAAGAGGAUCCCAUCCGGAAAGUAAAACACCGUUAAACUUAAAAGGUGAAGGACUGAAGGGAUAAAAAGAAAGAGAAGAAGCUCGGCUACAAAUAAAUAUAUCGAUACCUGUGUAGUUUAGCACCUCUCUUUGCUUCUCCCCCAUUCCUAACCGAAUUUCUCUCUUACAAUGGCGGCAACCCACAGCAUAAAAAUCUCGAAUCCAAACCCCUUACUAUGCUUGCUGUGUACCUCGUCGCCACCUCCAUUUUCUGCAAAACUCCCAAACAAUAACGUUUCUUAUUUUUUCGGCGCCAGUCUUUCUAGAAUUAGUGGUUACCAAAACUCGGCCCCGACGCUGUCAAAAAGGCUCGUUCUCACCUCAGUUGCUGGACUCUGGGACGCCUUAACCGGCGGCGACUCUGCUCGUGAAGCCGUCGCCGCUGUUCGGCGAGGAAUGCUUCUAUUUAGACAGGGUGAUGUUCAAGGUUCCUUAGCUGAGUUUGACAAGACUAUUGAUCUCGAUCCUCGUCAGAAAGUAUAUCUUUGGCAGAGAGGGUUGUCGCUAUACUAUCUCGAUAGAUUUGAAGAAGGUGCAGAGCAAUUUCGACUAGAUGUUGCACAAAACCCAAAUGACACCGAAGAGUCAAUAUGGUGCUUUCUUUGUGAGGCUCGAUUGUAUGGUGUUGAUGAAGCUAGAAGACGAUUUUUGGAGGUUGGUGUAGAUCCACGACCUGUCAUGAGAGAAGCCUACCGCAUGUUUAAAGAUGGCGGGGACCCAGAAAAGCUUGUUGCAGCAUUUUCAAGUGGUCGGGAGAGUGAAUAUUUCUAUGCUUCUUUAUAUGCUGGCCUUUAUUACGAAUCUGAGAAUAAAAGUGAUGAAGCUAAACACCACAUAAUUGCUGCAUGUAAAUCUCCCUACGGUUCAAGGUCCGAUGACUAUAUGGCAUCGCUCGCCAAGGUUCAUUGCUCUUGCCGAAAUUGGCCACUCAGUGCACUCACUUGAAAGGUCAGCUUUCAUCUGCUAAGAUGGGUAUAUUGUUUAUUUCUUUUAUCAUUAUUUCAACAAAUAACUAGAUUUCAUACUAAAAAAAAAAGAACAGAAGAAACCCUAUAUAUCCUAGAUAUGUCUGUUCGACUCUGUAUCUAUCAUUCUCCCAUUUCUAAAACCUGAAAAAUAGCAGCACAACAUAUCACCACUUAAAUUAUUCCCUUUCGCUGUAAUAAGAUUAAGUUGUAUGUUCUCAGGGGGAAAAAAAAAGCAGAUUAGUCUGUGAAUUGGAUUACAUUAAGAAUAAACCAUAUCCUUCCUUUGUCCUUUUUUUUUUUUUUUUUUUUUUUUUGCUGUAAACAUUGAGUUCUUGAACAUGUUUGUAAAAACCAAGUUCAUGUGCUUUUAUUUAUGUCAAAUUUAAGUCAUUACUA